AUGGCUGUAGUGCAGGUGGACAAAAUAUGCAUUUCCCCCCCCUCUCUCUUUUGCCGUGAGCCAAACAGUUCAUUGGUAAUAAUAACAAUUUUAUUCACGAACACACAGAGAAAGAAACAAACAAACUUGCCCUUUGUGAGGCAGAGCAAAAGAUGUGGGCAAACAUCAAAAGAAAGGCGACUGCUUCACCACUGCCACACAAAUACAAAAAAAAAUGCACGGCAGAAAAAUAGCACAAACAGGAAAGGGGAAAAAAAAAACACCGGAAGACUAACAAUGUAA